UCCAGAGCUUUAACUCUCCAUCCUCUUCUACGGCUCACACCCUUUUGUCAUUGCGGCUCCUAUAUUUAUCUCUUUCCCUCUGCUCUGAAAUAUCAGGACACUCUAAUUCAUGGAGGAACAAGUGAUUAACACCUUUGUUACAAUAAAACACUCUAUCGAUGGCUUCCCACAUGCCUCAGAUUUUGAGCUUAAAUCCCAACCUCUUCAUCUCUCUGUAAAGCCCGGCCAUAUUGUCCUAAAAAAUCUGUGUGUUUCCAUUGACCCAUAUCAGAUCAACCGUAUGAAGCUCCACAGCUCUUCACAUUCAGUUUCAUCUGCCACUCGUUUUAUCACUCCUGGACAGGCGAUUAGUGCUUAUGGUGUAGCAGAAGUUGUGGCUUCAAGCGACUCUGGAUUUGAAAAGGGGGACUUGGUUAAGGGGUUCAUACAUUGGGCGGAAUACAGCGUUGUUAAAGCUGAAGAAUGCACUCUAACAAAGUUGGAUACUUUGGGAUUUCCCUUAACAUACUAUCUAGGAAUUUUAGGGAUGAGUGGCCACACUGCCUACACUGGUCUGUUUGAAGUAGGGAAGGUUAAGGAAGGGGACAAAGUGUUUGUGUCUGCAGCAUCUGGCUCUGUUGGGAAUUUAGUUGGACAGUAUGCUAAGCUGCAUGGUUGCUAUGUUGUUGGCUGUGCUGGUUCUGAUCAAAAGGUGGCAUUGCUGAAAGAGAAGCUUGGCUUUGACGAAGCAUUCAACUACAAGCAACAAAAAGAUUUGAAAUCCACCAUAGCCAAGUACUUCCCCCAAGGAAUUGAUACUUACUUUGACAACGUGGGCGACGAGAUGCUAGAGGCAGCCAUUGCAAACAUGAAGCCAUUUGGAAAAGUGGCUGCGUGCGGUGUUAUUUCAGAGUACACAAAAUCAGCAAAACGAGAGGGCCCAAACAUGUUGGACAUUGUAUACAAAAGGAUCACAAUCCAAGGAUUUUUGGUGAUUGAUUAUUGGGAUGUUGUCACGACCCGAUUUUCGAGGCUUCGAAAAUCAGACCGGAACACACAGGCAGUCUUGCCAGUGCAGGACCCCGUCUGA